AUGGUGUGGGACCGGCAAACCAAAAUGGAGUAUGAGUGGAAACCUGACGAGCAAGGACUUCAGCAAAUCCUGCAGCUGCUGAAGGAGUCCCAGUCCCCAGACACCACCAUCCAAAGAACCGUGCAACAAAAACUGGAACAACUCAAUCAAUAUCCAGAUUUUAACAACUACCUGAUUUUUGUCCUGACAAAAUUAAAAUCUGAAGAUGAGCCCACACGAUCAUUGAGUGGUCUCAUUUUGAAGAAUAAUGUGAAAGCUCAUUUUCAGAACUUCCCAAAUGGCGUAACAGACUUUAUUAAAAGCGAAUGUUUAAACAAUAUUGGUGACUCCUCUCCUCUGAUUAGAGCCACCGUAGGUAUUUUGAUUACAACCAUAGCCUCCAAGGGAGAAUUGCAAAAUUGGCCUGACCUCUUACCAAAACUCUGUAGCUUAUUGGAUUCUGAAGAUUACAACACUUGCGAGGGAGCAUUUGGUGCCCUUCAGAAGAUAUGUGAAGAUUCUGCUGAGAUUUUAGAUAGUGAUGUUUUAGAUCGUCCUCUUAACAUCAUGAUUCCAAAAUUUUUACAGUUCUUCAAGCACAGUAGUCCAAAAAUAAGAUCUCAUGCUGUUGCUUGUGUCAAUCAGUUUAUCAUCAGUAGAACUCAAGCUCUGAUGCUGCACAUUGAUUCUUUUAUUGAGAACCUCUUUGCAUUGGCUGGGGAUGAAGAACCAGAGGUACGGAAAAAUGUGUGCCGGGCACUUGUGAUGUUGCUUGAAGUUCGAAUGGAUCGCCUGCUUCCUCACAUGCAUAAUAUAGUUGAGUACAUGCUACAGAGAACCCAAGAUCAAGAUGAAAACGUGGCUUUAGAAGCCUGUGAAUUUUGGCUAACUUUGGCUGAGCAACCAAUAUGCAAAGAUGUACUUGUAAGACACCUUCCUAAGUUGAUUCCUGUGUUAGUGAAUGGCAUGAAGUACUCAGAUAUAGAUAUUAUCCUACUUAAGGGUGAUGUUGAAGAAGAUGAAACGAUUCCUGACAGUGAACAGGAUAUAAGGCCACGUUUUCAUCGAUCAAGGACAGUGGCCCAGCAGCAUGAUGAAGAUGGCAUUGAAGAGGAAGAUGAUGAUGAUGAUGAAAUUGAUGAUGAUGAUACAAUUUCUGACUGGAAUCUAAGGAAAUGUUCUGCUGCUGCCCUAGAUGUUCUUGCAAAUGUGUAUCGUGAUGAGCUUUUGCCACAUAUUUUGCCCCUUUUGAAAGAAUUACUUUUUCAUCAUGAAUGGGUUGUUAAAGAAUCAGGCAUCUUGGUUUUAGGAGCAAUUGCUGAAGGUUGUAUGCAAGGCAUGAUUCCAUACUUGCCUGAGCUCAUUCCUCACCUCAUUCAGUGCCUCUCUGAUAAAAAGGCUCUUGUACGUUCCAUAACGUGCUGGACUCUGAGCCGCUAUGCACAUUGGGUAGUCAGCCAGCCCCCAGACACGUACCUGAAGCCAUUAAUGACAGAAUUGCUAAAGCGUAUCCUGGAUAGCAACAAGAGAGUACAAGAAGCUGCCUGCAGUGCCUUUGCUACUCUAGAAGAAGAGGCUUGCACAGAACUUGUUCCUUACCUUGCUUAUAUACUUGAUACCUUGGUCUUUGCAUUUAGCAAAUAUCAGCAUAAGAACUUGCUCAUUCUUUAUGAUGCCAUAGGAACAUUAGCAGAUUCAGUAGGACAUCAUCUAAACAAACCAGAAUAUAUUCAGAUGCUAAUGCCUCCACUGAUCCAGAAAUGGAACAUGUUAAAGGACGAAGAUAAAGAUCUCUUCCCUUUACUUGAGUGCCUAUCUUCAGUUGCCACAGCCCUGCAGUCUGGCUUCCUUCCAUACUGUGAACCUGUGUAUCAGCGUUGUGUAAACCUAGUACAGAAGACUCUUGCACAAGCCAUGUUGAACAAUGCUCAACCAGAUCAAUAUGAGGCUCCAGAUAAAGAUUUUAUGAUAGUGGCUCUUGAUUUACUCAGUGGCCUGGCUGAAGGACUUGGAGGCAACAUUGAGCAGCUAGUGGCCCGAAGUAACAUUCUAACACUGAUGUAUCAGUGCAUGCAGGAUAAAAUGCCAGAAGUUCGACAGAGUUCCUUCGCCCUGUUAGGUGAUCUGACAAAAGCUUGCUUUCAGCAUGUUAAGCCUUGUAUAGCUGAUUUCAUGCCAAUAUUGGGAACCAACCUAAAUCCAGAGUUCAUUUCAGUCUGCAAUAAUGCCACAUGGGCAAUUGGAGAAAUCUCCAUUCAAAUGGGUAUAGAGAUGCAGCCUUAUAUUCCUAUGGUGUUGCACCAGCUUGUAGAAAUCAUUAACAGACCCAACACACCAAAGACGUUGUUAGAGAAUACAGCAAUAACAAUUGGUCGUCUUGGUUACGUUUGUCCUCAAGAGGUGGCCCCCAUGCUACAGCAGUUUAUAAGACCCUGGUGCACCUCUCUGAGAAACAUAAGGGACAAUGAGGAAAAGGAUUCAGCAUUUCGUGGAAUUUGUACUAUGAUCAGUGUGAAUCCCAGUGGAGUAAUUCAAGAUUUUAUAUUUUUUUGUGAUGCCGUUGCAUCAUGGAUUAAUCCAAAAGAUGAUCUGAGAGACAUGUUCUGUAAGAUCCUUCAUGGAUUUAAAAAUCAAGUUGGAGAUGAAAAUUGGAGGCGUUUCUCUGACCAGUUUCCGCCUCCCUUAAAAGAGCGUCUUGCAGCUUUUUAUGGUGUUUAA